CAAGCCGGUACACAAUGCAGAGGCGCAGCUGAACAAGUUUGCUGCCUGGCGCGCAGCUAUGAUGGUCGCCUACAUGAACAAGUAGUGCAUGUCUAUCGACUCUUUCGCUCAUCUCUUCCAAGUUCGCGUUCCCCUCGCGUUCCACAAGGAACCCCAGUCGGCUCAAGCUCCACACAACGCGCAUGAGCGUUGACACCCGACUUCCGGCUGAAAGCUCACACAUGGUGGGGAUCCAACGCUCCUACAGUUUCUACACAUCAGCGCCAUGGCCUCGGACUCGAACGAAAAGGCCUUGUCCCCCAUCACAUUUCCACCGCCGCCUCAGCAAGAGGAUGUUGAAGACGACGAGCACGCAGCGUCGGCGCAACGAGAGGCCGUUCAAUACUGGGGUUAUCUGUUCAAACCGGACAAAUGUGGAACGCCGCUGCUGGAUCGUCUGCUGAAGGGGGUUGCGGAUGUCAUUAGCAGGACGUUCGAGCCCAGCGGCUCACCUGAUCUCAUGCCAUCCCAGAUCGCAGCUUGGUACCGCUCAGUAGGCGGCAACUACGACGUCCUUUUUAUGGAAGCCCCACCCUCGCAAAUCGCCUUCAUAUACCGUGCCCUCGGCGCAUUCCACAGCUUGCAGCCUGCACCCAACGAUGACGGGUAUUCGACCCCUGCAACCCCCGCCCUGAAGAAACAAGGCUUCGUGACAUGGCAGACGAUACAACUACUGCUUGGACCGGAAGAGCAUGUCCCAUUCCUUCAGAAGUCGAUUGAGCAAUUCGACGUGGUGGAUCCCGCGACGGGCAAUGCAUUCCCCAAACUGCUGCCCAAGGAGUGUUUCCCGGACCGGCCCGACGACGCCAUGGAAGCUUGGUACGAAGGUGUUGCUGCCCGACUUAAGAAGGAGGCAGAAGCAGAAGCCGCAGCUGCACAUGUAGACGAGCCAGGACCGCGCACCUCCACCGACGGCGACGGAUCGUCGGCUGACGAAAAGCGCGGUGCGUUCCAGUACUUCGAAGAUCCAAUGUAUCGCAAAGCGCGACCACGACCAACAUACGUACGGCACUUUUCAAAGCAGACGCCAUAUCCUGCAGAGGAUCAAGGGAGGGUGGUUACUUCGAGAGUCAGACACAUGCCCAACCCUUUCCAGAGUCGAAGCAAUCUCCCACCAGGUCGCUACGAAGACAGCUUCUCAGACGAAGACGCCACGCCCAUUGCUACAAACCCUUUCGCUCCCCGCUAUGCAGCACAGAAACGCCCGCAGCCACCAAGACGUGAAUCUACCCUCUCUACCACAGACUCUGACUCUGACCCGGCGCCCCCGUCCCGGCGCCGUUCCCCUGAUCUCCGACACAGAAAAUCUCAGGAGGCUCCUGCAGAGCCGAGAGAGUACUUCCCCGCGCACUAUGAAGAGAGACCCUAUUCACACCAGCUGGCUCCGAACGCGAGAACAUCGCCACUCCAUACCGUCUUCGGCCCUACCAAGUCCCCCUUGUUUGCAACGCAGGUCGCCCAACUUCAAGCGAGAAACUACUACGAGACGCGUCCCACCGCGCCGCAGCGGACAACCGGGAGCUACAGAUCCGUGCCUGCCCCGCAGAGCGCACGGUACAGCAGUAGUGGUGGAAGAGAGGAAGACAUACCGUAUGCAAGGGAUAGAGAGAGAGAAAGAGAAAGAGAAAGAGACAGGGAGUACGACGCGAGGGACAGAGAAAGAGCCCGAGACCGCGAUUCGAGAAACAGAGCAUAUUCGAGGGAUCGAGAACGAGAACGGGAACGGGAACGCGGCGAUCCUUCGCGGACGAGAAGUCAUAAUGGCCGAAGCGACGACUGGGAGGACACCGAGCGCAGCAGAGACCGAAGUCGCGAUCGAAGUCGUACUCGAAGUCAUGAUCGGGAUAGGAAGGUCAACUGGGGCGAUGACAGAAGUCGAGAGGGUAGCAGAGAACGCGAUAGAGAUCGGAGAACGCAUAGGUACGUUUCGGGUGUGCAGGACGGCGUGGGCGGGAGGAGAUAUCCCGUUGUUAAACCCUACUGA